AUGUCUACAUUGGCUUCCCAUCUCGCUGUCCGCUUUCUUCCUUGGCCUUUCUUACUCGUCUCCUGCUCCCACGAGGCUCUCUGCGAGGAAGCGGAAGGGGGAGGGAAUGCUCUGCCUGAGUGGGAGGGUGCUCCCCGCAAGAGCGAAGAAGACGAGAAGCAGCAGGAGAUCCACCGCUCCAUCGCCACUCACGGCGACUACGCUCAAGGCAACUGCCAGAUCAUCUGCGCCUAUGCUGCAGCUCAAGAGGCGGCUCAAGGCUCUGGCCGUCGUACCUGGCAGAUGCUGCAAGGGCUGCGGGCUUCGCACCCCUAG